AUGCCUACCCAUCGCCGUUCGAGUACUUCUAUAAGCGGAAGACGUUUAAGUGGCCAACGUGUUCAUGGAGAGACCUCUGAACUUACGCUGUUGAAAGAAGAAAACCAUACUGGUGAUCAUUUUCUCACACCAGCUCAGUUAGAAGCUGUUUUCAGGACUAACCUAACCACAGGCCUUACCGAAGAGUUUGCUCAAGAAUUAUUGGCAACCCAUGGCGAAAAUAGAUUAAAGAAACUUAAAGGCAAUAGUUAUUGGAAAAUAUUUCGGCAUAACUUAUUUGGAUGGUUUCAGUGUGUUCUUUGGUGUGGUGCUGUUUUAAAUUUCGUCGGAUAUUUCUUUUCCCAAGAUAUUGAUAACGGUGAAAGUUCUGGACAUUCUGGAAAAGAAUAUUUAUACUUAGGUUGCGUUAUUACGGCUACUAUUGUCGGUACUGGACUCUUUGGAUUUUACCAAGAAGCAAAGAACAUAGCUGUAAUGAGUGGGUUCGAAAAAAUGGUACCACCUAAUGCUACUGUAAUAAGAGACGGUGUUAAAAAAUCUAUACCCAAUAGUCACAUCGUAUUGGGAGAUAUUGUGGAAAUGACAGCAGGUGAAAUUGUUCCUGCAGAUGUGAGAAUACUAUCGUGUUCUAAUUUUAAAACAGAUAUGGCAUCUUUAACUGGAGAAUCGGAACCUAUCAAACACAGGCCAGAGUAUACUAACGCUAACCCAUUAGAGUCAAAAAAUAUGGUAUUCUUCGGGUGCCCUGUUACCGAAGGUAGUGCAAAAGGAAUCGUAGUAGCAACAGGUGAGUUAACAGAAAUAGGAAAAAUAGCUGGCUUGGUAACUGGCUUAGAGAAGGAAGAAACACCGAUAGCUAAGGAAAUAACUCAUUUUAUCAAGCUUAUUUGCGGCGUGGCUUUUACAUUUGGUAUAAUGUUUUUUGUAAUGGUUUAUCUAAUACAAAAAAGUUGGCUAUCGGCAUUACAAUAUAUGCUUGGUAUUGUAUUAGCAAAUGUCCCUGAAGGUCUUAUUGUGACAUUAACAGUGUGCAUGACAUUGUCAGCAAACCAGUUAAAACGAAAAAAUUGCCUUGCAAAAACUUUACAAGCUGUAGAAACAUUGGGUUCAACCUCUUGUAUAUGUUCAGAUAAAACUGGAACACUUACUGAAAAUCAAAUGAAUGUUUCACAUUUAUUUUGUAACUAUACUAUUUACGACAAAACAGAUCAUGCGCAUGUUUCUGAUCAUGCAUAUGCAACAUUAAGCCUUGCUGCUUCUCUUAAUUUGAAAGCUACGUUUGCUCAUGAUUCCUUACAUUUUCCUAUAGAAAAAAGAAAGAUUCUCGGAGAUGCAUCAGAAUCUGCUAUUUUAAGAUAUAUGGAAAUUAACCGAUCUGCUACAAAAACCAGAGAAGAUAAUCCAAGAGAAGCUGAAAUCCCUUUUAGUUCAGCUUAUAAAUACCAAAUCACGAUACAUAGAAUGCAUGCCACACACAGUUAUUAUUUAAUAAUGAAAGGUGCCCCAGAAAUUGUGUUGGAGUUUUGUGUUACAGUACUUACCGAUGAAGAGGACCAGCCUUUGACUCCACAAGCUAAAAAGGAACUUAAAGCAAAUUUUAUUAAACUAGCUAAUAUGGGUGAACGUGUGAUUGGUUAUUGCGACUACCAGUUGCCUCUGGCUGAAUACCCAUUAGGCUAUAAAUUCAACACACAAGAACGUAAUUUCCCUGUCGAGAAUUUGAGAUUUUUAGGAGCUAUUUCUAUGAUUGAUCCACCAAGACUUGAUAUUGAUAAAUCUAUUUCUCUUUGCCGCCAAGCAGGUAUUCGAGUAAUAAUGGUUACUGGUGAUCAUCCUGUAACAGCAUUAGCAAUAUCAAGACAAUGCGGCACUAUUACACAGCCUACUGCAUACGACUAUGCUUUUGAACAUCACAUAGAACUUUCCGAUGUACCACCGCAUAUAAAGCAACAAUUCCGUUCUGCUGUCAUUACUGGUGACGAAUUACGAAAAAUGAGCGCACACGAUUUAAAAGCAUGUCAAAAAAGAUAUAAUGAAAUUACAUUUGCUAGGACCAGCCCACAACAAAAAUUAUUCAUUGUAGAAUCGUAUCAGUCCUUAGGCCACGUUGUUGCUGUGACAGGAGAUGGUGUGAAUGAUUCUCCCGCUUUAAAGAAAGCUGAUAUUGGUAUUGCGAUGGGGAUUACCGGAACAGAAGUAUCGAAACAGGCUGCUGAUAUGAUACUCAUGGACGAUAAUUUUGCGUCUAUAGUCUUAGGAAUACAGGAAGGUAGGCGUAUUUUUGACAAUUUAAAAAAAACAAUAGCGUAUACCCUUACUUCAAAUACGCCUGAAAUGCUACCGUUUGUUUUAUAUGCUUGUUUAGGAAUGCCGUUACCCAUGACUCUUAUUUUAAUUUUGGUCAUAAAUGUUGGUACUGAUUUGCUACCUGCAAUGAGCCUAGCAUAUGAAACUUCGGAAUCUGACAUAAUGAAUAUGCCGCCACGUAAACUUACUGAUCACCUUGUCAAUAGAGCAUUGAUAUUUAUGGCAUAUUUUCAGAUUGGAUUAAUUCAGUUUUGUGCUGGAAUGUACUGCUAUUUUAUAGUAUUUGCACAGAGCGGUUUUUUUCCCUCAAGUUUAUUUUUUGUACGUAAGGAGUGGGAAUCAACGGCAGCAACUGUUAAGGACACAAUUGGUCGAUCUUGGUUGUACGCUGAACGUAAGAGUCUAGAAAGAAAAGCGCAAACUGCUUACUUUGUUGCUGUGUGUUGGACACAAGUUUCUGAUAGUCAGCCAGAACACCGCCAAUCAAGUAAUUGCAUCGCGUGCAUCGACUUUUCGGCCCUCGAUAAUAAUAGGCAUUUUAUUGCCCGUAAUGUAGUCUCUAGGGCCGUGGGCCGGCGUUCAGUAAAAGUCCCUGCUUUUAAUUUAGAUUAA